AAAAAACGUUAAUGAUCGUAAAACGAAAACAACAACGCCGACUACAGCAAAAGCAUCACUUGAACUUUUGCAACAACUUCAUCUAACAACAACCGCUGAAGCAGCAGCGGCAACUGUUUUCACAUUAACAACACCGUCGCACCAGUCGCCAGUUUCUGCAACAUUUAAUGAUAUUAUUUCAUUACAAAGAAAGAAACUAAAAUCAGACCAGGAUGAAACAACUGAGCCAGAAUUAAUAAUAACAGCAAAUAACAACAUUAUGAAGAAUAAUGAUAAUCAGUUAAACAUGAGCCCGACAAAUCAGCCAUCAGUGCAACUUGGCAAUGUCGAGAAAAUCGAUCUAACGGAAGAACAUCAAACAAAUUCUGUAAUUUUAAUUGAAAAAAGUGGAAAUGAAAUGAUGUAUUCUCCACCAAACGACCAGUGGAUGGCUGAUCGACUAGCCGAUUUAAAAUUAUUUCGAACACGAAAUAGAAAAAAUAUAUUAAAUUAUGCAACAUUCGGUAAAACACAAGCAAUCUCUGUCAACACGAAACCAUUUUCGAUAAAAAGCAUUCAACCGGAUGGUAAUUGUUUCUUUAGGGGUCUGAGUUAUACACUGACCGGGAGUGAAGAAUAUCAUGCAGAAUUUCGCAAUUUAGUUAUCAGUCAGAUCCGUCUUCAAAAUUAUACUAAUUAUGGAAAAGAUGAAUACAACCAUUUAACAGCAGAUGAGUACAUUAAAAAAUCAAAGGUCAACCGUCUGGGUGUAUUUUCAUGCGAAAAAGAAAUUUUCGCAGCAUGUGAUUUACUUAAAUGUGAAAUUUAUAUUUACCAGUCAGAACGAAACCUAUGGAUAAAAUUCAAACCAGUUUAUUCUCAAGUAUCAGGAUCUAUGGCUAUAUACCUGCGACGAAACAAUAACAAAAAUCACUUCGAUGUUGUUUUAGAUAUUGAACCAGGUAGCUAUGCGACUUAG